AUGAUUGAUGUGCUUGUCGAGAUAGAUGUUAAGACGGAUGUUGUGCUUGUUGAAAUAAUUGGUAUACUUGUUGAGAUACAUGUUAGGGCGGAUGUUGUGGUUGUUGAAAUAAUUGGUGUGCUUGUCGAGAUAGAUGUUAAGACGGAUGUUGUGCUUGUUGAAAUAAUUGGUGUACUUGUUGAGGUAGAUGUUAGGGCGGAUGUUGUGGUUGUUGAAAUAAUUCGUGUACUUGUGGAGAUAGAUGUUAAGACGGAUGGUGUGCUUGUUGAAAUAAUUGGUGUACUUUUUGAGAUAGAUGUUAGGGCGGAUGUUGUGGUUGUUGGAAUGAUUGGUGUGCUUGUCGAGAUAGAUGUUAAGACGGAUGUUGUGCUUGUUGAAAUAAUUGGUGUUUUUGAUGAGAUAGAUGUUAGGGUGGAUGUUGUGGUUGUUGAAAUAAUUGGUGUGCUUGUCGAGAUAGAUUUUAAGACGGAUGUUGUGCUUGUUGAAAUAAUUGGUGUACUUGUUGAGAGAAAUGUUAGGGCGGAUGUUGUGGUUGUUGAAAUAAUUGGUGUACUUGUGGAGAUAGAUGUUAAGACGGAUGUUGUGACUGUUGAAAUAAUUGGUGUGUUUGUUGAGAAAGAUGUUAGGGCAGAUGUUGUGCUUGUUGAAAUAAUUGGUGUGCUUGUCGAGAUAGAUGUUAAGACGGAUGUCGUGGUUGUUGAAAUAAUUGGUGUACUUGUUGAGAUAGAUGUUAGGGCAGAUGUUGUGGUUGUUGAAAUGAUUUGUGUGCUUGUCGAGAUAGUUGUUAAGACGGAUGUUGUGCUUGUUGAAAUAAUUGGUGUACUUGUUGAGAUAUAUGAUAGGGCGGAUGUUGUGGUUGUUGAAAUAAUUGGUGUACUUGUUGAGAUAUAUGUUAAGGCGGGUGUUAUGGUUGUUCAAAUAAUUGGUGUACUUGUUGAGAUAGAUAUGUUAAGAAUGAUGCUGUGCUUGUUGAAAACAACUGGUGUCCUUGUGGAAAUAGAUGUUAGGGCGGAUGUGGUAGUUGUUGAAAUAAUUGGUGUACUUGUUGAGAUAGAUGUUAGGGCGGAUGUUGUGGUAGUUGAAAUAAUUGGUGUACUUGUUGAGACAGAUGUUAAGCCUGGUGUUGUUGUUGUUGUUGUUGUUGAAAUAAUUGGUGUACUUGUCGAGAUAGAUGUUAGGGCGGAUGUUGUGGUAGUUGAAAUAAUUGGUGUACUUGUUGAGAUAGAUGUUAAGGCGGGUGUUGUGGUGGUUGAAAUAAUUGGUGUACUUGUAAAGAUAGAUGUUAAGGCGGGUGUUGUGGUUGUUGAAAUAAUUGCUGUACUUGUUGAGAUAGAUGUUAAGGUGGGUGUUGUGGUUGUUAAAAUAAUUUGUGUACUUGUUGAGAUAGAUGUUAAGAUAGAUGUUAAGACGGAUGUUGUGCUUGUUGAAAUAAUUGGUGUACUUGUUGAGAUAGAUGUCAGGGCGGAUGGUUUGCUUGUUGAAAUGAUUGGUGUGCUUGUCGAGAUAGAUUUUAAGACGGAUGUUGUGCUUGUUGAAAUAAUUGGUGUACUUGUUGAGAUAGAUGUUAGUGUGGAUGUUGUGGUUGUUGAAAUAAUUGGUGUACUUGACAAGAUAGAUGUUAAGACGGAUGUUGUGCUUGUUGAAAUAAUUGGUGUACUUGUUGAGAUAGAUGUUAGGUGGAUGUUGUGGUUGUUGAAAUAA